GAAUGCACACGUGGAAUCCACUCCAGUACGUAAAUGGCAUUCCUCCCGACCAAUCACAGACCAGAGGAGUGACGUUACCGUCAGGAUUAAGCCAAUCGCUGAUGAGGUGGGCGGGCUGCUCUGAAAUAACGGGUGAAAAAAACCCAAGGAAAAAAAGAAAAUCUGGGGGAAAAAGUGAACAGGUAAAGGAGAAAAAGCAGGAAAUAGUUGAUGAAGAGCAGGGAGAAGGUCUUUCACGUGAUGUUGUUGAAGUUUUUCUUUUAAAAGCGGAGAAAAAGAACAUCUGGUGUGGGACUUCAUCUGGAGAAUAAACACUUCCUUUCAUCCCUCCAGUCUGUAGCCGUGGGUCAUCAUGGGGAAUUUUAAAGGCCAUGCGCUUCCUGGAAGCUUUUUCCUGAUCAGUGGCGUGUGGUGGGCGGUGAAGUACUCGCUGUGCUACGCCACCCGCAGGAACAAGAGUGCCGGUGCAGCCAGACUCACCUCACGGGCCACGCAGCACCGCCUGGAAAUCAUCGAAGGAGCCAUCAUGCUCUUCUUCUCCAUCACUGGAAUGCUAGCAGAACAGUUUACAGUGGAUGGUCCGAAGCUCCACCUGUACAACUCGUCCACUCAGCACUGGGAAAAACUGAUGAACUGGCAGCACACGACCAUGUACCUGUUUUUCGGCCUGGCAGGAGCCACGACCCUCAUCGUCCACAGCACCAGCGCAGCACCUCUGUCCUUAGAUCGCUUACUGCUCGGCCUCGCUUUCUUCAACGAAGGAUUUUUAUUCCUCUAUCACCUACACGGCAGAGACAUGCUGGAUGUUCAUGUCCACAUGCUCCUGCUGUACGCCGUGUUUGGAGGAGCCCUUGUCUGCCUGCUAGAGGUCUUUCACAGAGGAAAGGUGCUGCUGGAGCUGUUACGUGCCGCCUUCUGUCUGCUGCAAGGCAGCUGGUUUUGGCAGAUUGCCUUCGUGCUCUACCCCCCUGGUGAGGUGAAGUGGGAUCAGUCCGAUCACAACAACGUGAUGUUUAUCACUAUGUGCUACAGCUGGCACCUGGCCUUCGCUCUCAUCAUCGUGGCUUUAACACACACCACUGUCAUAUGUGUGGUACGUUCCAAGCUCAGGAGGAUACCCCCAAUGGAGAUGGGUCUGCUGAAACCACAGGAAAGAGAAGCCGACUCUGAAGAUGAAGCUUUAUAAGCAUUUAUCCACCAUGUGCCGGGUUUUUUUAGAGAACACACGCUCGAGAUGCUCCUGUAAAUGCAAGGACAAUCAAAUCCUGUUUCAGGGAUGUUUUUAUUACGCUAAAUGGGCGGGGCCGAGCGUGGGCGAGUACGGGUUCUCUUUAGCUGCCGUUAUGUUGUUACUUAAAAGGAAUAAUCUAAUGUUUGUUUGUUUUUUUUCCAAAUUUUGAUCUCUGUUCACUGUGAAAGUACUGAAUCUCUGAUUUAAUGAUUCCA